AUGUAGGAUAUAUAAUAGCCUCAUACAUCUAAGCUUGAAUAGGAGUCUGCCACAAGUGCAAAAAAUCACUUGUCCUUAGUGACUGUAAUUAUCUCACUUUACAUUUAGAAUAUUACUGAUUUAACUAAUGAACUGCUACAGAAUUAUAAGCAGGAUAUCGACCAAUUGAAAUAAGAAUUACAUCUCAUGAAAUAAAGGAUUACUAAUAAUAAUGAAGAAAUUAAAAAUACAACUUAACCAACUUUGGAUGCCAUGUUACGAGAUCUUAGAUAAGCCAUCAACACUUAAAAGGAUGAAAAUUCUAAAUUGCAAUCAUAACUAACAGAGUUGAAAAAAGAAAAAAGUCAGAUACAACAAUUAAUAUUGGCUGCCACUUAAAAGAUGGUAGCAUUGGAAUAGUAAGUAGGAAACUACACCUCCUCAUGA